AUGGCUCUUUCCUUUUUUUUCCGCAGUCCACCACUGGUCUUCACAACGUCAAUCAUCCUGAGAGUUAUCUUCCUGUUGUACGGACUCUGGCAGGAUGCAAAUUCGGCUAUGAAAUACACCGAUAUCGACUAUUAUGUCUUCACAGAUGCUGCGCGCUACAUCUCGCGUGGCGAGUCCCCUUACGCACGGGACACGUAUCGUUAUACGCCCCUCCUGGCGUGGCUCAUCUGCCCUACUGUAUGGUCUGGGCAAUUCUGGUUUUCGUUCGGAAAGGUCUUCUUCGCUAUCGGCGAUGUUGCUACAGGAUGGAUGAUGUUUCGUAUCUUGAAGCAGUACAAGAAGAUGAGCAACGAGCGGGCUCUCAAGUUCGCCAGCAUCUGGCUGCUGAAUCCAAUGGUGGCCACUAUCAGUACAAGAGGUAGCUCCGAGGGACUGCUUGGAGUUAUCGUAACGGCAUUGCUUUGGGCGGUGUUGGCAAAGCAAAGAGAGCUUACUGGGUUCUUGCUCGGGUUCGCAGUGCACUUCAAAAUCUACCCGUUCAUCUACGCAGCCUCUAUUGUUUGGUUCCUCGAUGAUACACAAGUUGUAACAGAGACAGAGACCCGACAACAACCACCAACUUCCUUGCUCGAGAGAACGCGCAAAUUUGUCAAUCCCACGAGAAUAUAUCUCGUACUCUACAGUCUCCUUGCGUUUACGGGCUUGAACCUGCUUAUGUACAAGGUGUACGGAUGGCCAUUCCUCGAGCAUAGCUAUCUUUACCAUCUGACUCGUACCGACCACCGCCACAACUUUUCGCCUUAUAAUACGCUCCUCUACCUGAAAUCGUCCCCGACUACGGACUUGGAGCCGACCACAUUGUCUUCCGGACUAGAGCGUUUAGCAUUCAUUCCGCAACUGCUUCUCAGUGCUUUCUUCAUACCACUAGCGUUAGCGAAGAAGGAUCUUCCGAACACGAUGUUAGCGCAGACGUUUGCCUUCGUUGCCUUUAACAAGGUCUGCACAAGCCAGUACUUUCUUUGGUACAUGAUGUUUCUCCCAUACUACCUUCCAGAUUCGACUCUCCUACAUUCAGCGCCCAUCGGUAUCACAGCACUUCUGCUCUGGAUUGUGGGCCAAGUUGCCUGGCUCCAGCAGGGCUUUCAACUUGAGUUCAACGGCCGUUCGACUUUUGUUCCCGGACUCUGGGCUUCUAGCAUACUCUUUUUCCUCGUCAAUGCUGGCAUUCUUGGUGUCAUCAUCUACGACACUGAGCAUAAGAAACCAGAGGGAAAGGCUGCCCCAGAGAAGAAACCUUCAUAA